UGUGUGCGCGCGCGCGCUCGACCGCAGUGCGUGGAUCAGCAUGGAGACUCCACACGCAAAGUUUGAGGCGAAAAACUGCGUUUAAUUCACGCGCCGUGGACGCGCAGCACUGAGGAGAGAUGUUCGUCGCACCGUGGGAUUUGUUGCUCGUUGUUUUCGGGUGCUUGAAACUCCCGUGGGUCGCGGAUUGUUUUGUCGUUCAUGUGAGUGAAGAUGCGGGACCGGGCGCAGCGAUCGUCGCGCUGGAGAGCGGCGCGUCCUGCGCGCUCGAGCAGCUCAUCCAGCCCGGAUUUACGGAGAGCUUCCUGCGCCCGAGUGCGGGUGCGCUCGCGCUCUCGGGCUCCGUGAAGUGCGACGCGCUUCCCUCGAACCCGUUCGCUGUGUUCGCGGUGGAGGAGUGCGCGGACGACGCGUCCGGUUUCAGACACCUUUUAACCAGCCAGUAUGAUGUGCACGUCCACGGCAGGAACUGUGUAAACCAACGCAAGCGGACAGGAAAAGUGGACGUGGAAAUUAUAAGUUUAAUCAAAGGUUCAGCGUGUCGGGACGCGGGCUCGGCUGUUUUCCGGGUGUCUGACGUGCUACCCAGUUACCCGCGGCACGAGACUCUGUGUAACGUGAGCGAGACUUCAGCGCUUUACUUCAGCGAUGGCCAGCUGUUCACCUCCGCGCCGCUCUGUUUCACCCGCGACUCUCUGCUGGAGUUUCACCUGCGCUGCGCGGGACGCGAGAGAGGCGCGCAGACGCGCGUCGUGCAUGCGCAUUGGCGCGUGGGUCGCGGCCCGUUUACUCGAAGUCACCUGAUGAAGUUAUUGCGUUGGGCCGCGCGCUCAGACUCGGGUCUGUUGAACCGGCGCAGGAGGAACGUCAACAAUAGCCCUCAGUUUCAGCCUCCCAUGUAUCAGGUGUCCGUCCCAGAGAAUCAACCCGCCGGGACUUUUGUUGUUGUUUUAAAAGCAGUUGAUCAGGAUGAGGGCGAGGCCGGGCGACUGGAAUAUAUUCUGGAAGCUCUUUUUGACAGUCGCUCCAGUAAUCUCUUCACCGUUGACCCGGUCAGCGGUGUCGUUUCCACCGCCGAGAUACUGGACCGAGAAACAAAAGACACGCAUGUGUUCAGGGUGACGGCGGUUGAUCACGGGACGCCACGUCGCACCGCCAUGGCCACGCUUACCGUAAUGGUGAGGGAUACGAACGACCACGACCCCGUGUUUGAACAGCAGGAUUAUAAAGAGAGCGUGAGAGAGAAUCUGGAGAUCGGUUACGAGGUUCUGACAGUACGUGCCACAGACGGUGACUCCCCCGUGAACGGAAACAUCCUUUAUCAUUUACUAAACAACACCGGGACCAACGAUGUGUUUGAGAUUGACUCCCGGUCCGGCGUCAUACGCACAAGAGGACCCGUGGACCGCGAGACCACUGAAUCUUACGUGCUGCUGGUGGAUGCGAACGACCAAGGUCGUGACCCUGUGCCCCGCAGCGCCACUGCGACGGUGCACAUCGUGGUGGAGGAUGAUAACGACAACGCGCCGCAGUUCAGCGAGAAGCGCUAUGUGGUCCAGGUUCCGGAAGACCAGACGCCCAACACUGAAAUCCUGCAGGUGAUGGCCACCGAUCUGGACCGCGGGAACAACGCCGUCGUCCAUUUCAGCAUCAUGAGCGGUAACACCCGGGGUCAAUUUUACAUCGACGCUCAGACUGGUAAAUUGGAUCUGGUGAGUCAGCUGGACUAUGAGAUGAAUAAAGAGUACACGCUUCGUAUCCGAGCGCAAGACGGAGGACGUCCACCUCUGUCCAACAUCAGCGGCCUGGUCACAGUUCAGGUGCUGGACGUCAAUGACAACGCCCCCAUAUUCGUCAGCACACCGUUCCAGGCGACGGUUCUGGAGAACGUUCCUGUGGGAUAUUCGGUCAUUCAUGUUCAGGCGGUGGACGCUGAUGCUGGCGAAAAUUCCCGUCUGGAGUACCGCCUCACAGAGACCACGCCCAACUUCCCCUUCACUAUCAAUAACAGCACCGGCUGGAUCAUCGUAUCGUCCGAACUGGACAGAGAGAGCGUCGACUUUUAUAACUUUGGCGUCGAAGCUCGAGAUCACGGCACGCCCUCCAUGUCCUCGUCCGCUAGCAUUAGCAUGACUAUUUUAGACGUCAACGACAACAACCCCGAGUUCACGCAGAAGUCCUAUUACAUGCGUCUGAACGAGGACGCGGCUGUAGGAACGAGCGUGGUCACCGUGUCCGCCGUGGAUCAGGAUAUUAACAGCGUGGUGACGUAUCAGAUCUCCAGCGGAAACACGCGCAACCGUUUCUCCAUCACCAGUCAGAGCGGCGGAGGACUGAUCACGCUCGCCCUCCCGCUGGACUACAAACUAGAAAGACAGUACGUCCUGACGGUCACGGCGUCUGAUGGCACACGCUUGGACACGGCCAAAGUGUGCGUGAACGUCACGGACGCUAACACGCACAGACCCGUGUUCCAGAGCUCGCAUUACACGGUGAACAUCAAUGAAGAUCGAGCCGUGGGCACUACUGUGGUUAUCAUCAGCGCCACAGACGAGGACACGGGUGAGAACGCUCGCAUCACGUACUUCAUGGACGACAGCAUCCCGCAGUUUAACAUUGACCCGGACAGCGGCGCCGUCACCACACAGAUGGAGUUGGACUAUGAGGAUCAUGUGUCGUACACGCUGGCCAUCACGGCCCGAGACAACGGCAUCCCGCAGAAAUCAGACACCACGUAUCUGGAGAUCCUGGUGAACGAUGUGAACGAUAACUCGCCUGUGUUUCUACGCGAUCGCUACGCGGGUUCCGUCAUGGAGGACAUCCCUGUGUUCACCAGUGUCCUGCAGGUGUCCGCCACCGACCGCGAUUCAGGACUCAACGCUCGAGUGUUCUACACGUUUCAGGGAGGAGAAGACGGCGACGGAGACUUCAUCAUCGAGUCCACAUCAGGGAUCGUGCGAUCUCUGCGGCGCCUGGACCGCGAGAACACGCCCGUCUAUAAUCUCCAAGCGUUUGCUGUUGAUAAAGGAGUUCCGGCGCUCAAGACUCCGGUGGACGUUCAGGUGACGGUUCUGGACGUAAACGAUAACCCGCCAGUGUUUGAGAAGGAUGAGUUCAAUAUCUUCGUGGAGGAGAACAGUCCCAUCGGUCUGGUGGUGGCCUUCAUCUCAGCAUCAGACCCGGACGAGGGCAGCAACGCUCAGAUCAUGUAUCAGAUCGUGGAAGGAAACAUCCCCGAGGUCUUCCAGCUGGACAUCUUCUCUGGAGAGCUCACGGCUCUCACUGACCUCGACUACGAGACGCGGUCGGAGUACGUCAUCGUGGUUCAGGCCACGUCCGCUCCUCUCGUGAGCAGAGCCACGGUCCACGUCAAACUCGUAGAUAAGAACGACAACGUCCCCGUCCUGAAGAACUUCCAGAUUGUGUUCAACAACUACGUGACGGAUAAAAGCAACAGCUUCCCGUCGGGGGUCAUAGGACGGAUCCCGGCCAGCGAUCCGGACGUGUCGGAUCAGCUUCGCUACAGUUUUGAAGCCGGGAACGAGCUGAAUCUGGUGAUUGUGAAUCAGAGCAGCGGUGAGAUUCGACUCAGUCAAGCUCUGGAUAAUAACAGACCGCUGGAGGCGUCCAUGAAGAUCUCAGUGUCAGAUGGUGUUCACUCGGUGUCAGCUCAGUGUCUGCUGCAGGUCACCAUCAUCACGGAUGAAAUGCUCUCUAACAGCAUCACGCUGCGAUUGGCCAACACGUCUCAGGAGCAGUUCCUCUCGCUUCUAUUGGCUCAGUUCCUGGAGGGCGUGGCUCGCGUGCUCUCGGCGUCCCGCGAGGACGUGGUGGUCUUCAACAUCCAGGAUGACACGGACGUGAACGCGGGAAUUUUGAACGUCAGUCUGUCAGUGGCGGUGCCGGGCGAGGGUCCGCGGGGGGCUCGAGGGGUCAGUCCGGCUCGGUUGGGGCGCAGCGGCGGGAGUGAGGUGGAGUUUUUCGGUUCAGAGGAGUUACAGGAGCGCUUGUAUCUGAACCGCAGUCUUUUGGCUCAGAUCUCCUCACAGGAAGUCCUGCCGUUCGAUGACAACAUCUGCCUGCGCGAGCCCUGCGAGAACUACAUGAAGUGCGUGUCCGUGCUGAAGUUUGACAGCCUGGCGCCGUUCGUGGCGUCUGACACCAUCCUGUUCCGCCCGAUACAUCCCAUCGGCGGGCUGAGGUGUCGCUGUCCGCUCGGCUUCACGGGCGAUUACUGCGAGACUGAGAUCGACCUGUGUUACUCCAAACCCUGCGGACCACACGGCAUCUGCCGCAGUCACGAGGGAGGAUUCACCUGCCACUGUCUCCAUGACUACACAGGUGAGAGGUGCGAGAUCUCGUCUCGUUCGGGUCGCUGUGCUGAUGGUGUGUGUAAGAACGGGGGGACGUGUCUGAAUCUGCUGGUGGGGGGGCUCAAGUGUGAGUGUCCGCCGGGAGGAUUCGAGAAACCCUUCUGCUCCCUGAGCUCCAGAAAUUUCCCACCAAACUCCUUCAUCACCUUCAGAGGACUGAGACAGAGAUUUCACUUCAUCAUCACACUCUCGUUUGUGACAGGAGAGCCGAACGGUCUGCUGCUGUAUAACGGCAGGUUUAAUGAGAAACACGACUUCAUCGCUCUGGAGAUCAUCAACCAUCAGAUCCAGCUCACAUUCUCUGCAGGUGAAACCAAGACAACCGUCUCACCGUUCAUCCCAGGAGGAGUCAGUGACGGCCGAUGGCACACAGCACAUGUGCACUAUUAUAACAAGCCCGUCCUGAACCGCGCCGGUGUCCCGCAGGGUCCCUCCGAUCAGAAGGUUGUCGUGGUUACAGUGGAUGACUGUGACACGUCCGUCGCGCUGAGAUUCGGUCAUGCGAUUGGAAAUUACUCGUGUUCGGCUCAGGGCAGCCAAUCAGGAUCCAAGAGGUCUCUGGAUCUCACAGGUCCGCUGUUGCUGGGUGGCGUUCCCAAACUUCCUGAAGACUUCCCGGUUCAGAACCGUCAGUUCAUCGGCUGCAUGAAGGAGCUGCGCGUCGACGACAGACACGUCGACAUGGCCGGUUUCAUCGCUAAUAACGGCACACUGCCGGGCUGUUCGGUCAGACGUCACGUGUGCAGUAAUAACCCGUGUGUGAACGGAGGCUCGUGUGUGGAUCUGUGGGGGUCGUUCACGUGUCGCUGCCCGCUGGGCUUCGGAGGACACAAGUGUGAGAAAGUGAUGCCAAACCCCAUGCGUUUCCAGGGCAACAGUCUGUUGUCGUGGAGUAAUCUGGCUUUCGUGGUAACGGUUCCCUGGCAUCUGGAGUUUAUGUUCCGCACACGACAGAUGACAUCAUCAAUCCUGCACAUCAGCUCUGAACAGCACAACCUCACCAUACAGUUGCGCGAGGGUCUCGUGUUGAUGUCCGUCCAGCGCGGUGAAGACUCGACCGUGUCUCGUGUUGAUGAUGUCACAGUGAAUGACGGUCAGUGGCAUCAGGUUCAGCUGGAGCUCAGAGGAGCGGCGGAGGGUUCAGUCACAGCCGCUCUGACGCUGGAUCACGGCCUGUAUAUGGCCUCCAUGCAGCUGAACUCAAAGAUUCAGGGAGAGAAAAUAAAGACGAUGAGUGUGGGUGGAUUCACAGGAUGUGUGCAGGGUGUGCGUUUGGGUGAGUCGUCCUCCAAUGCUGUAUUUCCCAGCAUGCAUCAGGCUCAUGUUGUGAAUGUUGAGUCAGGCUGCAGUCUACCGAACCCCUGCGACUCCAACCCGUGUCCAUCACACAGCACCUGCAGAGACCACUGGGACUCAUAUACAUGCACCUGUCACAUCGGUUACUAUGGCAACAACUGUACAGACGUCUGCGCUCUUAACCCUUGUGAGCACCAAUCAGCUUGCAGCAGGAAGUCAAGCUCCGCCCGUGGAUACGUGUGUAACUGCCCAAGCAACUACUUUGGGCAGUACUGCGAGAAAAAGACUGACGUGCCGUGUCCUCGCGGGUGGUGGGGUGAGAAGUCAUGUGGUCCGUGUAACUGUGAAACGUCUAAAGGAUUCGACUCUGACUGUAACAAGUCGAGCGGAGCGUGUCGCUGCAAGGACAAUCACUUUCGUCCGGUGGGCAGUGACACGUGUCUGUUGUGUGAUUGUUAUUCUGUGGGCUCGUUCUCUCGAGCGUGUGAUGGUGUCAGCGGGUCAUGUCAGUGUAAGCCGGGGGUCAUAGGUCGUCAGUGUGAUCGCUGUGAUAAUCCGUUCGCUGAGGUGUCAUCCAACGGCUGUGAAGUGAUCUAUGACAGUUGUCCUCAGUCUAUUGAAGCGGGGAUCUGGUGGCCCAGGACUAAAUUUGGUUUGCCGGCUGCUGUCUCGUGUCCUAAAGGAUCAGUGGGUACAGCGGUGCGUCACUGUGAUGAACACAAGGGCUGGAUGACACCAAACCUCUUCAACUGCACACGUGUCAGCUUCAGUAAACUCAAAACACUGGCGGAGCGUGUGAGCGGUAACCUGUCACUGAUGAACUCGAGUCUGGUUCAGCAGACGGCCGCUCGUCUCUUCAGCUCCACACAGAACAUCCGACAGCAGUUUUACGGCAGUGAUGUGAAGAUUGUGUAUCAGCUGACACGCUCCAUCCUGCAGCACGAGAGCACACAACACGGCUUUAACCUCACCGCAACACAAGACGUCCUCUUCAAUGAGCACGUGAUGCAUGUGGGCAGUGCCGUGUUAUCCGCUGACACACGCAGUCACUGGCAGCUCAUUCAACAGACGGACGGCGGGACGGCAACACUGCUGAAACACUUCGAAGAGUACACAAACACACUCGCUCAGAACAUGAGGAAGACCUACCUGAACCCCUUCACCAUCAUCACACCAAACAUCGGUGAGAACACAUCUCUCUCUCUCUCUCUCUCUCUCUCUCUCUCUCUCUCUCUCUCUCUCUCUCUCUCUCUCUCUCUCUCUCUCUCUCUCUCUCUCUCUCUCUCUCUCUCUGUCUCUCUGUCUCUCUGUCUCUGUCUCUCUCUCUCUCUCUCUACCUCUCUGUCUCUCUCUCUCUCUCUCUCAUUCACUCUCUUGUUGUGUUUGUGUGUUGAGAACGGAGAGAUUCUGCCGGUGAAGUUGAUCACGUGGAGUUCUGUGGGAGUGAUGUUGGGUUUUCUCUUCCUCACCAUCCUCAUCCUCACGUGUGUGCGCACACUCAACAGCAACAAGAUCAGCAUCAUCACCAACGGCUCCAGUGCGCUCUUCAUCUCCAACCUCAUCUUCAUUCUCGGCAUCAAUCAGGCCGACAACACGUUUGUGUGUACGCUGAUAGCCAUCCUGCUGCACUUCUUCUGGCUGUGUGUGUUCUCGUGGAUGUUUCUGGAGGGUCUUCACGUCUAUCGUAUGAUCAAUGAACUCAGAGACAUCAACUACGGCCCCAUGAGAUUCUAUUAUCUGAUUGGCUGGGGCGUGCCGGCGUUCAUCACAGGUCUGGCUGUAGGGUUAGAUCCGGAGGGCUACGGGAAUCCUGAUUUCUGUUGGCUCUCUCUGUAUGACACUCUCAUCUGGAGUUUGGCGGGACCCGUCGCUCUGGUGGUCUCUAUGAAUGUGUUUCUGUACAUCACUGCGUCGAGAGCGUCGUGUUCUGUCAGACACAAGAGUUCAUGUGAGAAGAAAGAGACGCCCAUGGCGGGGCUGAGGACGGCGUGUGCCGUGUUGUUUCUGGUGACGGUCACGUGUGUUCUGGCGCUGCUGUCGGUCAACAGUGACGUCAUUCUCUUUCAUUAUCUCUUCGCUGGAUUCAGCUGCUUUCAGGGUCCCUUCAUCUUCUUCUUUCGUGUGGUGUUUGAUAAAGAAGCUCGAGACGCCAUGAGUUACUGCUGCCGUAGAAAACAGCCGGAUCACAUCAUCAAAUCUAAACCUGCUGCGUUCAUCGGUAACAGUAAGUAUCUGGACGGACGUUUGUAUCAUCUGCCGUUUGCUGAAUCAAGCGUCUCGCUGAACGGAACUCAAAAUCAAAACUACAUACCCUUCAGUCUGAGAGGAGAUGAUCUGAGCAGCAGUCACAUGAGUCUGAACGAAGACAACACACUCUACCAAGAAAACAAAGAGCAGAACCACGAUGAUGGUUCAGACUCAGAUUCCGACAGUGAUCUCUCUCAGUUGGAAGACGAUCAGAGCGGCUCGUUCGCCUCCACACACACAUCUGACAGUGAAGAAGACGAGGCUGACAUCCCGCAGGAGGAAUGCUGGGAAAAUCUGGUCGCCAACGGCAACAAGAAGUCUCACGAUGCUGGAGUGUGGGAGGGUGAGACAGCUGACGGGCGUCUGAAGGUGGAGACGGUGUCUAAACCCGCAGACAGAGCAGAGGCUCAUGGGACAGAAAACCUGCUGCUGCUGCCAAACAUCAGCACACAGUACAGAGGAAUUCGGAAGAAGAAACAGCUGUCGCCCAUCGCUGAGAGAAACGCCAUCAACCGCAUUCACAACCAGCUGUCUGUCAGCCCGCCAGACUCCGCCUCCUCGCGUGGCCCCUCCUCCAGCGAGGGGCGGAGGGGCGGAGCUAAACAGGACGGUCUGAAUGCGGCAUCAGUGAGCGUAAAAACACUCGACAAUGAUUCAUCAGAAUCUGAGUGCUGAUGUUGCCUGCGGGUUACCACGAUGAUGUCAGAGGUCAGAGGUGAAGAGCAGUCGCUCUGUUCUAACCGUCACACGACAGCUGACUUGCCAAACGCUCAAGAGAACUUACACUUUGAUUUUUGUUUACAUGCUUGAAGCGAAGCACUUUUGAUUCUGUCCACAAGGAGGCGCUGCAUCACCACCCAAGACUGUGUUAGCAACGGUUCGAUUUUAUGACGUUCAUCAGGGAUUUUCCUACAUGAAGCUGAACUCUGUACAGAUGACGGAAUCCUUCUUCACAUCACUGCGCGAGAAGCCUUUCAUGCUUCUCACUCUUUUGUACAUUUUCACGACUCUUUUAUACGAACCUAAAAACAAGUUUUGACCGAAAGAAAACCUUUGUAUUUUAUAGCUUAGAAAUAACGUGGCUUUGUAAAUGUAAUUCUUUUGUAAAUGAGUUUUGUGUUACAGUGUUGUACAGAUCUCUAACAUGCCAUAAAAACACUUACGGGAUCAACCUGCAGAUAACCAAUCACAGCCUUUGAUCUGGAUUACAUCAUCACGAACACCAAACGCAUUUUUAUUGGUGUUGUGUGACCUCUGAACUCGGUGUGUGUUGAUAUGAAGGUGACGGGCCGGGCUGAAGGAAAACUCGUGUGAUGUUAAACUCGAUUUGAGAUGUUGACACUGUAAGAAAACACAAACCAUCCGCUUCACUCGCAACGCAACGCAAACACGACACACCUUCAUUUUCAUUGAUGGUAAGAAUUGGCUUCAUUUAUCUGAAGACUUCAAAGAUCAUCAGCUUCAGUUUUAUUUACUCUAUUUCACACCAGAAUUGACCAUGACGGUAUUUCAAUGACACUUCAUUGAGUACAUCUCGCACUCGGCACUGUGACGAGUUGAAAGAUCUCCAUCUUGAUGCGGCGCUGACGCACAUAGGACAAUGCGCACGCUGCACCGUGUGCGCGUCGCGACCGCGUCACUCCCUAUUUGCGCAUGCCUACAUUUAAAAAACAAACUUGCGCGCGCAAAAGAUGCGAAAUGUGAAUGGCCCCUGAAAAGAGUAAUUGUAAGCAAACAACACAUUACUACUUAAAUACAAUCCAGACAAAAGAAGUCCAGCAAAACAUGUUUGUGUAAUAGUGCAGCAUCUUUUAAGGUGAUGUGAAGGUCUCGACGACUUCAGCUCUCUUGGAAUCCCAGAACUCUACACAGUAGGUGUCCUGUAUCUUGAGAGAGGUCCUCUCGACCAUGUCCAUUCUCAUAAACUUGAAGAGCAGCGAUAUGUUGGAGUAGUUGUUGCCUGAAAGCAAUAUGUUAGUUGCCAACAUGAAGUCUCCAACUAGCACGCCAAAUUUCAUAGUGGGCUGUGAAGACCAUUUUCCCAACAGUUUUGUGAGACAGUUCGUUCUUUCCCAACAGAAGAACGUAUCUGAAACUGACAAAGGUGAGAAAAGCUGAACCAACGAUAACUAAAAUAUACAUUAUACAUUCAGAAUUAUUCUGACAAGACACGCAAGAAAGGUUGUGUGCUAAUACAAUGUUGAGAAGCUCCACACCCUUGAGCGUUACACGUUUUGAUCGAGGCAGCUGGUCCAAUUCCUCGAUGUACAAAAGAAUCGAGGUUAGCUACGGGUGCAGGAUGGCCCAUUACAUCAUCCGCAACAAGGACUUUCAAUGAGUCUUUGGAUAAAAGCAUCUCGGGGGUUUGUGGCUGGUUGAAAUCCAAUGCAUCAUGGACUGCUGACAGCCUGUACGUCAACGGCCUUCUUUGAAGCACCUCCAGACCGCUAACCAUGUGUAGUGUCAAGUGCAGUACUUUAAAAUCAACGGCAUCAUAUUGUUUUAAAACUGACCACACACAGAUACGUGGACCGUCGUCAUCAUCACGGUCAUCCAGUUCUAUUGUUACAUAUUCUGGGCGCCAUAUCAGCACACCAUGUGUCAUCGUCCCAGUCAAUACGGUUAUCUUCAAUUGGGUCUGUACAGCCACUUACGUUGUUAGUGCCAAUGUCAUUGAGAAUGAAGUCAUUUAGAAAAAUGAUUGUCAUUUACAGCAAGACAUUAUUGACAUGCAAAUUAAAAGGGUUGUCAAGUCUAAAGCACGGGUUCCUCUGGCACAGGUCUAGAAUGAAGUAACAUCACUAAUCUAGGAUGUGAUUGAGAAUUUAGCAGCACUUACACACGUUACAAUCCAUUUCAACUCAUUAUCUUGUUCACUUGGUAAGUAAAGAGACAACUUUCCAAACAACAAGGAGUUAGUUCCUCUAGGUAAUAUCCAGAAGGAAGAUUAACAAUUGUAUCAAAAGGAACAACUCGGUCAAAUAAGUCAAUAAGAGUAGAGCCAGCUUUCUGGAAACACAUUCGAGGAACAAGAAAAAUGUUCAUCACCUGUCUUUAUAAAUAGAGUUGAGUUGACAGAUGGUGUAACCACCAAAUUCGGGGAAACCAUUUUUUGAACAGGUAUCACAUUCAAACCAAUACCCCUAAUCAACACACUGUUAGCAGUGUAAGAGUCAUUUGAAAAGGAUAAAAGACUUUCGACUGUUACGUCUUCCUUAGAAUUGACCAAUCUCACAAAACCAUCCGCAACAAAUUGAGAAAAUGUUGAAACCCAGGACGAGCAAUUCUUCUGCACAUUAUUCCCUGCCGAGGCAAUGACAGCCAAAGCAACAGAUUUCACUGAAGAUGAAGACAAUAUCUUUUGCUUUCACCGGUGGACUCUCAUUCUUCCAGUGACCAGCGCACGACGACAAUCACACAUUUCGGCUCUCUGUUUUUCUCCAACAAAGAUACGACUAUCACUGUCAGGUGAAGCACGCAGCAACGUUGAAGAUCUGCUACGAUCAUGCCAGAAUUCUUUCUGAAAGUUUCCUUCAGCCUUUUUAUAGCCAAAAGAGGUUUUAUGGACCCGAAAAAAUCAUCAGCCGUGACGGCCGGCGUGUCGGGUUUACACUCUCUAAUGUUGAAGUUAAGAACUUACACUCGUCGUCUGGCCAAUGAAGCGCAUCUGCCACACGGUCAAACAACAAAAGAAGCGUUCAACAUCCUCUUCAUCAAAGUUAGGGCUCAACCUCAUACUAGUCACUACAUCAGACUUACACAAAGCCAAUUCACGUUCCACACCUAAAGGAAGUUAACCAUCUUCUAGAUCAGUGCUUCUCAAAUGGGGGUAUGUGAGAGAAACUGACAUUUAGUCAAUAAAUUAUGAUAAUAGUAUUUUUAUAUGAAAUUAGGACUACACAAAGAUGCAUAAAAAAUAAAUUCGCAUUUCAAUUUAUUAGAGUUAUUUAUUGAGACCCGGAAUCAGGAGCAGUGUCUGGGCGCGAAAUCAUGUAAGUUAGGAGAGGUCGCGAUAAAAUGGACAGGUGGCUUCUUAAAAGAGGACAAGCUCCUCCAACAGAAGACGAACAUGCUAAAAAGAAAACAAACAAACCAGAGCCUCAAAAAUACCACCAGUGUGGUGAUGAAUACAUAGGGAUGGGAUUUACAUCUACUUCACAUGACCCUCCCUCAGCACUGGGCUUUUUAUGCGGCGAGCUGUUAGCUAACAUCUUCAACGGCAUCUCCGGACUAAACACCCAAAUCAGGUCGGGAACUCACUGGAGUUUCUCAGAAGAACAUUUCAUGAAUUUACAUCAUGCCAAGAGAACAUGAAAAAGCCACAAGUGCAUCAGCAAAAGCACUGGCAGCAUCGUGUGCUGUGUCUUUACUUUUGGCCAAAGCUAAAAAGCCAUUUAGCCUGGCUGAGGACUUGAUCAAUCCUGCUGCAGCUGUGCUCGCUGACACCAUGCUGGAAAAACAGCAGCAGACACGAUCAAAACUGUACCGUACACAGAGAAGCCCUGGAUCAAAGAAGAUGAGCCCAGAGCUUAAUUCCGUGUUGAAUGAUGCUGUCAAGGCAAUAAACUUCAUAAAGUGAAUGCACGUCUGCUUCGGAGAUUAUGCGAUGACAUGGGAUCUGAACACACCGAAGUCCGCUGGCUUUCCAGAGGCAAAGUACUGAAUAGGCUGUUCGAGCUGCGAAAUGAGCGGUGUUGCUUUUUGUCACACAAUGCGUCCCCUCUUGCCACUUUGUUUAAGGACAAUAAUUGGAUUGCCAAACUAGCGUAUCUAGCAGAUAUUUUUACCAAACUGAACGAGUUGAAUCUCAGUCUGCAAGGCAGGGACACUUUAUGACCGAGUUGGUGGUUUUCUCGAGGAAGCAGAGCUGUGGAAGAGACCUCAGUUCCUCAGUCUGAUAGCUUCGUCGUAAGUGAGAAGAUGGGGAGAGACGCAGCAAAAACAUUUCUGGAUGGACAUUUAGCUAACGUGAUUUCUGGUUUCAAAUCAUACUUCCCUGAUGUAAGAGAGAAGUCUGAGCAACUGGAUUGGGUUAGAAACCCAUUUACACUUUCCCAAAGCAACCGUGUCACGUGAGCUACCUGUUGACCUGAGGGAGGAGCUAUUGGUUUUGAGGUCGGCCCCUGGGGCUAGAAGCCCUGCCGGGUUGGCCCACGAGCCUGGAGGGACUGCGGCGGUGGUGGCUGCGGGUCAUCUGACACAGAGUGUUUAAGGUUAGAUCCAUACAGUUUUCCAGCUGACUAUCCUCAUGUAAUCUUUAAGUUGUGAUCAGGUUUAGUUGUAUUCAUAUUUUAAUGAAAGAAAGAAAUGGAUAGAAAUCUUUGUUGUGAUCACAAAAGAUCCUUUUGUGACUGAAGUGAAGCGUUUGUUGGAGUCACGACGCCGGCUCAACUUCAUCAUGUCUGUCAGCCAUCGGCCCAACCCUCGUUUGUAGUAUUCUCAAAGUAAUAUUCUUCAUGAUCUAUUUUAUUUUUAUAAAGUUAUUAUUUACUAACAUGCGUUUUUGCAUUAUUUUACUUGUUUUACUGAAUAUAUACACGGAUGCUUCAACCAAACAACCAGCAGAAACGUCAAUCAAAAUAGAAUAAAAUAAUAACAUACCUGAAACUCCACCGGUUGAAUCUGAAACGGCGUUUAAUUGGAUAAAGAAUCCAGGAGAACUUCAGUAAUAUGUGACCCUGGAGCACAAACCCAGUCUUGAUUAGCACGAGGACAUUUUUAGUAACGGCCUCAUGGUGUGGGUCAAAAUGAUCCAUUGUUCUUUUAUGCCCAAAAUCAUUAGGAUAUAUUAAAGAUCAUGUUCCACGAAGAUAUUUUGUACAUAAAUAUAGAAAAACGUUUGUUUUGUGAGUGGAUGUCCUGCUACAGUGCCUCUGAUUCCUAACCCUAAACUUUAAAGGCAAUUUUCUCAAUAUUUGGAUUUUCGCACCCAGAGUUUUCAGCUGCUGUAUCUCCACCAGAUAUUGGCCUAUGCAAACCAUACAUCAAGAGAAAGAAAAGAUUGUGUUGUAUAUUUGUUGUUGAAUGAAAAUUAAACGUUUCAAUAAAUACAUUUGAAGUUUAAUGACUUGACCGUUGCGUUGAUCAU